AUGCCUGGGAGUGAGAAGUCGGAUACACUGGAACUGGAAGUUCCGCCUUCUUAUAAUGCAUCACAAGCGCCACAAACGCAACCCUCUCAGCAGGUCUGGCCACCAAUGCAGAGGAAUCAGUCGCGAUCCAUGACAUCCUUACCGCCCGAGCCCUUCAUGAUUAUGAGGAGCAGAGCUCUCAACAGAAGAGUCACUCUAAACAUAGGAGGCGUCAGACAUGAGGUGUUGUGGAGGACUUUGGAGCGGUUGCCGCACACAAGACUCGGACGGCUCCGGGAUUGCAAUACACACGAAGCCAUUUGCGAGCUCUGCGAUGACUAUAGUCUGGUGGACAACGAGUACUUCUUCGACAGACAUCCGCGAUCUUUCGCAGCCAUCCUUAACUUCUAUCGGACGGGAAAACUGCAUUUAGUCGAAGAGAUGUGUGUCAUGGCGUUCAGCGACGAUCUCGACUACUGGGGUAUCGAUGAGUUGUAUUUGGAGUCGUGUUGUCAACACAAAUACCAUCAGAGGAAAGAACACGUCUUCGAAGAGAUGCGCAAAGAAGCGGAAUCUCUGCGACAAAGAGAUGAGGAGGACUUUGGCGAAGGGAAGUGCGCUCACUAUCAGAAGUUUCUCUGGGAUCUCCUCGAAAAGCCCACCUCUUCCUUCCCCGCAAGGGUAUUAGCAGUCGUAUCCAUUCUUUUCAUUAUACUGUCGACAAUCGCACUGACCCUCAAUACCAUAGAGCACUUCCAAGACAAAGACCCGAUCACUAACUUACCCGAAGAGAACCAUAAGCUAGCGAUGAUUGAAGCCGUUUGUAUCACUUGGUUUACACUGGAAUAUGUGCUCAGAUUCAUGUCAUCGCCUAAUAAGUGGAAGUUCUUUAAAGGGGGGCUCAAUAUAAUCGAUUUGUUGGCCAUUCUGCCAUAUUUUGUGUCACUUUUUCUCAUCGAAUCCAACAAAAGCUCGGAUCAGUUCCAAGACGUGCGACGAGUCGUACAGAUAUUCAGAAUUAUGAGAAUCUUAAGGAUUCUUAAGUUAGCCCGACAUUCAACUGGACUCCAGAGCCUAGGUUUCACUCUUAAGAAUAGUUACAAAGAGUUGGGACUUCUUAUGCUAUUCCUUGCCAUCGGAAUCAUGAUAUUCUCGAGUUUAGCCUAUUUUGCUGAGAAGGACGAAGAAAAUACCAAAUUCAAGUCAAUUCCCGAUACCUUCUGGUGGGCGAGCAUUACUAUGACUACUGUCGGUUAUGGAGACAUAGUUCCGACCACACUAUUUGGUAAGAUAGUUGGCAGCGCCUGUUGCAUCUGUGGCGUAUUGGUCAUUGCUCUGCCCAUUCCUAUCAUUGUAAACAAUUUCGCCGAGUUUUAUAAAAAUCAAAUGAGACGCGAGAAAGCAUUAAAACGUAAGGAGGCUCUCGAGAGGGCGAAACGGGAGGGCUCCAUCGUGUCAUUUCACCAUGUUAAUUUGAGGGAUGCUUUUGCCAAAUCUAUGGACCUCAUCGAUGUUCUUGUAGAUAGUGGACAAACAAAUGCCCAACAAAUCACGCAUUUUUAA